CGCUCCAGAUGCUGCUGCUGCCGCCGCGGCCACCCCACCCUCGGUCCUCCUCUCCGGAGACCAUGGACCCGCCGCCCCCCAAGGCUCCCCCUUUCCCCAAGACGGAAGGCCCUUCCUCCACUCCUUCCUCGGCGGCGGGGCCCCGACCCCCGCGGCUGGGCCGCCACCUGCUCAUCGACGCCAACGGGGUCCCCUACACGUACACGGUGCAGUUGGAGGAGGAGCCCCGGGGCCCGCCACAGCGCGAGGCACCGCCGGGAGAGCCAGGCCCUCGCAAGGGCUACAGCUGCCCUGAGUGCGCCCGGGUCUUUGCCAGCCCUCUGCGGCUGCAGAGCCACCGCGUGUCGCACUCGGACCUCAAGCCCUUCACGUGCGGCGCCUGCGGCAAGGCCUUCAAGCGUUCCAGCCACCUGUCGCGGCACCGUGCCACGCACCGUGCCCGCGCCGGCCCACCGCACACCUGCCCGCUCUGCCCACGCCGCUUCCAGGACGCAGCGGAGCUGGCGCAGCACGUGCGCCUCCACUAAGUUCCAGACCCGGCCUGUGCUGCCCGGCCCCUCUCUGGGCCACCACGUCUGACCCACACAGCGUCACUCCCACACACAUUCCCUUACUCCGCUGAGGUUACUGCCUUACCCUGGGCCUCAGUUUCCCCAACUAUCUAAAGGGAGAAACAUUCCUUCCCUCCCUCCCUCUCUAGCUGUGUGAUGUAGACCAAGUCGUUGCCCCUCCCAGUGCCUGGGAGCCAGUCGGAGCCCAGUUUCCGCCCAACUGUGCUGUGUGAGCCUUUGCAAGCGGCGUAGCCUCUCUGAGCCCUGGUUGUCUGCCCCGAAGUGGUGAACUGUUGUCUGCGUGGAAGAUUUGACAAAAGAGCACGGGCAUGGUCUGGCUUAUUUCUGUGUCGCCCCAUUUCCACCCACCACCCUCACCCUUUACUCAAUAAACAUUCCGCACUCCA